GGUUGUUUCUUUUCUCUUACUUCAGGCUUCCACAUGACGCCCAAACUGUCGAAUGUGUUCCCGGAGUCUUGCAUGUUAAUCGUGUUGGGCGUGUUGAUAGGAUUGCUGCUCUUUUACACGCAGGCCGCUUCUGUAUCCCCGCUCACAGCUGACGUCUUCUUCCUGUACAUGUUGCCACCCAUCAUCCUCGACGCUGGCUACUUCAUGCCAAAUCGUCUUUUCUUUGACCACCUGGGCACCAUACUCGUUUUCGCCGUCCUGGGCACCAUCUGGAACGCCUUGACCAUCGGUAUUUCCUUGUACGUGGUGGGCCUGGCGGGUAUAUUUAGCACGAAUAUCCCCAUUCUGCACAUGCUUCUCUUCUCGUCUCUCAUCUCGGCCGUGGACCCCGUGGCUGUGCUCGCUGUCUUUGAAGAGAUUCACGUCGAGGAGGUGCUCUACAUCUUGGUCUUCGGAGAGUCGCUACUCAACGAUGGUGUCACUGUGGUGAGCUACCACUGGCUGGAGAAAUACUCAGAAGUGUCCCUCGACAAAGUGAAUGCUCGGGUGUUGGCAAGAGGUAUGGGUUCCUUCCCCCUGGUGGCCCUGGGAGGGGACCCCAUUGGUAUUAUUUGGGGGUUUUGGGAGGGCUUGGUGACCCAGUUUACCAGUGGAGUGCGUGUGAUAGAGCCAAUCUUUGUGUUCGUCAUGUCUUAUCUUGCAUAUCUCAAUGCUGAAAUCUUCCAUCUGUCUGGUAUAUUAUCCAUCACGUUCUGUGGUAUUACUAUGAAAAAUUACGUGGAGCAGAACAUAUCAACAAAGUCUCAUACAACUAUAAAGUAUGCCAUGAAGAUGUUGGCAUCAUCUUCAGAAACCAUCAUCUUCAUGUUUUUGGGAGUGUCCACUGUGCAAAGCAGACAUGAGUGGAAUACUUGGUUCGUCAUCUUAACCAUAGUCUUCUGCUCUAUAUACAGAAUUCUUGGUGUCUGGAUCUUCAGUGCGAUGUGCAAUCGGUUCCGUGUCAAGAAGAUCACCUUCGUGGACAAGUUUAUCAUGUCAUAUGGUGGGUUAAGAGGAGCAGUGGCCUUUGCCCUGGUGCUGACCAUCAAUGUGGAACAUAUUCCAAGUCAACCUAUAUUCCUUACUGCCACUAUGGCUAUGGUCUACUUUACUGUCUUCUUACAAGGAAUCACCAUCAAACCUCUUACAAUAUUGCUGGGGGUGAAGAGGGCAGAGAAGCGCACACUUACCAUGAAUGAAAGACUCCACGAGAGGUCAAUGGACUACAUCACAGCAGGCAUGGAGGAUGUAGCAGGCAGGCAUGGAAAUCUCCUCUUUAGAAAAAAGUUCAAGCGAUUCAAUAAUAAAUAUAUAACUCCAUUCUUAGUCCGUGAUAAGAAUGUAAUGGAACCUAAAUUCAUAGAAACAUUCAGUCAGAUCAAGAUGAAUGAAGCCCUUCAAUACAUGGCCACCAACGGCAAUGCUUCCAAAAAUAUAGAGUCUUUUACCAGUUUAUUACGAAAUGCUGCAACUCACCCACAUCUCCUGAAGAACAACCAAGGUGAGUGGAACCUGGAUGUUGGAGAGCUGGAAUACAACCCCACCACGAGGGACAUAAAUGAUGCUAAAUUCCAUCAUCUCCUUUGUGAAUACACUGCCGUCAAGCGUCACCGUGGGUCAACUUACAAGAGGCAUGCAGUGAAAGAUGAUGAUAUGCAGACUCAAACAGAUGUUAAUCACCACAAUAUGUAUCUUCAUACUCGCAAGUUUGUGAGUAACAUUAAGAAGCCAAGCAAAACCACAUCAAAGCCAGAAAAUGCCGGAGGUUCAGUCAGCCCCGAGCAUCUGCAAGCUGUACGGUUAUCUCAAAUCGUUCAGUUUUUUGACAGUCUGGAGGCCAUCACCCAGGCAGAGAAUGGUGUAGUGAAGCAUCCUAUGACCGUUGAUACCCGAGCAGCUUUCCAACAGAAUGGUUCUGCAAUUAAGCUUAAAAGUGACUACAUGGCUCAUGUGAUGCGCGACAACCCUGCCUUUGUGGACGAUGAUGGUAUCUCGUCAUACACCCGAGAUAAGCCUGUUUCCAAACAAAGAUCAACACGUGGCCCCACAAUGGCAGAAACAGCAUUACCUUGGAAAAGAUAUUCUGAUGAUGAUGUUCCUACAUCAGCUCAGAAAGUGAAACGACAAAUGAGUAUCGUACCAGAUGAUGGUGAUAAUGCCACACCCACAAUGGCUGAAGCCUCGCUACCCUGGAAGCGACUAGAGGAGGAAGAAAUUUGUGACCAGCCACUUCGACAGUCUGAAUUCCCAGCUUGGGCAUCAAAUAAGGAAUAUGUGUGCUAUUAUUCACCUUCCAGUACUUUCCUUGGUGGCUUAGGGAAGCACGAAUCAUACCCUAACAUACGUGAAAUUUUUGGAAGACGCAGCAGUAGCUCAUCAGUAUCUUCCCGCCGUGGAUCCUUAAAAGAUCAACACAUUGGUGCCAAAGAGAAGCCUCCCUCAAAACAUUACCUUAAAGAGAGAGUUUCUUCACGUAGCUCUCUGAAUGAAUAUAUUUCACACACAUCACCAUUACAUCAUCCUGAUAUGUCUUUGCAUAUGCGUCGACAUUCUUAUACGGGAGAACACUCAUUGCUUAAUACAACAAUUGCAGAGGAGGAAGGACGACGUGAUACAGUCAUCGACAUGAACCCAGAUGGAGAACGGGAGCAGACACGAAUGUAGCCUUUAUUUUCUGUAGGAAUGCUGUAUAGUUUUUCCCUUUUCAUCGAUAUUUUCAGGAAAAAUUGUAAAAUCUCUCUUGGUCUUAAAUAUGGACAGAAAGAUUUUAUGUGCCUAAUUUGUAACAUACAGUAAUAGUGUAAAACAAGAAUACUUUCUGAAAGUUUUCUGUGAUUUGUUAGUUCUUGUUAUAUACUAUAUAAAAAAACUGGAGAAUUUUAUAAAAAAUUUAAGUUGUUUUGUACAAAUCAGUACCUAUAAUUCAGGCAAGUUUACAACAAAAAUUCUUGCCCAUUAUGUGUAGAUGUUUAUUUUUAGUACAAUUUUUUUGUGUUCAGAGUAAAUUUCUUUUAUUUUAAAAUUAUUUUUUAACAGGAUUUUAUUUUCUAGUGCUCUGCACUUCCUGCAAAAUGAACAGGUUCUGUCCUGAAAAAUACUUUGAAUUCUGGUACAUGUCCCUGAAUCAGAUCACACACUCACUAUUGCAACUUGUUCUCUGAUGUGUCUUUCUUGACAAGACAUUUACACAAGUGUGAAUGUGUCUUAUCUUACACUUCCUCUUUAUAUAACAAAUUUUUAACUUAUUUCACAGUUGCAUAUCUCAUUUUAAAUUUUACUUGAGGCAGAUAUCAUAAAGCUUGCUAAAGUGAUUCCUAUAUUUAGUUAUUAAUUAGUUGUAUUAGCUGUUAUGAUUUGAAGCAGCAUUGAUCCACCCACACUGAAAUGGAAUUACAGUAGAUCACCUUUCUCGACUCCACCUACUUCACCACCUAUCGGUUUGGUUUUAAUAGUUAAAUUAUAAUUAUUUUUAUUUUUUUUCUAAAUGUAUGCAUACUUUGUGUAUGCUCAUUUUAUGCAUGUAUUGCAAGCUCUCAUCUGCUUGGUAGAUAUUGGUCAAGAACGAUAGAUUUUUACAUUUGCAUUUUCGUUAAAGCUGAAUUAUUAGCAUUACUUUUCCUUGGUUUGUAACCAAGUGCGUUCAUACUUUGCAUAUGAUAAUUCUAAACACGUAUAGAGAGCUCACAUUUAUUUGAAAGAGAUUGGUCAAGAACCACAGAUCAAUAGUUGAAAAUCAUGAAUGGCUAGAUGUUCACCACUUGCCAUCUUAAGAGAUACUAAAGUAAGGUGGCUGGCACAUUGGCUGCCUCACUUUCCGCUGUCCUACUUUUGCGUUCACUAUUCUUCUGUUAUCACCCUGUCUUAUCUCUGGAUAUUAACCAUUGCAUAAAGGAAUAAAGUACUAGUAAUACUGGAGGUGCUAAGAGGAGGAAUGAGAGUGAAAGUCUGAGUUUUUUUAAAAGAAAUAAAAGAAAACCUUGCAACGAAUUAGUCCCAGGCAUUGUAUUAACUUUGUUCAUUUUCUUUGAAAGGAGCAAAUAUCCAUUUUCCAAGGAAGGAAUAUAGGGUAACCGUGUUAAACAUACACUUCCCUCAAGAACUUCAAGUUUAUUUAAUAAGCUAAUUAUUUAGGUUUUGGGUGCACAUCAUAGUUUUUAUUUUUUCACAAUUAUCUUUUUGGGCACAUAUAAAGUACAUUAUGCAAAUUUAACUCUGAAUAACUCGUGUAAGUUAUUGUACAUGUUUGAGGGUGUAAACCUCAAUACAGCCAACUAGUAGGGCAACAUAAACCUCUCUCCACACUUUUCUAGAUUAAUAAUUUACAUUUACAAUGUAAAUCGUCAAAAACAUUGAUAUUGAUGAUUAAAUUUGAAAAAAAAAGCUUGCAUGGCUUUUCUUGAGGUGGCAUGACACAUAACUCAGAUUUUCCCAUAAGUUAUUCAGUCCAUCCAUCGCAUUUUCAGAAACCCUGUUUCUAGAAACCUAACUGCUGGGAAAGGUGGUUGUCUGCUGUAUUACAUUAGACAGGUCUUUAGUAAUUUCUUAGAAAUAACAAUUAGCUGCUUCAACACUUAAAAAAAAAAAAUGAGAAUUAGUUGAGUACUGAUUUUUUUAUUUAAUGUUUAACUAUUCAGGCUUAAAAUGCUUAAGCAAAGAAAAGUUCGCCUUAAUAUACAGUGGAACCUCA